GCAACAGCUGCUUUACCAGAAAAUAGAAGGCGACUGGUCUACUUGGCGAUGUGACAGAUAGCGUUUCAUAGUUAGGCCAGUGUGAGGGUAAAGGCUCCUGUGUGUUGCUGCCUGGUGUCCGUCCAUGGUGUUGCUGUAAGGUCGUGUUGUGAUCUCUCAAAAGGGGAGGAUCAUGGCGGUGUGGAUCCAGGCCCAGCAGCUGCAGGGCGAGGCGCUGCACCAGAUGCAGGCGCUGUAUGGCCAGCAUUUCCCCAUCGAAGUGCGACACUACCUGGCCCAGUGGAUCGAGAGCCAGCUCUGGGACUCCGUGGAGCUGGACAACCCAGCAGAGGAGGCCAAGGCCAAGCGUCUGCUGGACAACCUGGUGGCUGAGCUGCAGAGGAAAGCCCAGCAUCAAGUCGGAGAGGACGGCUUCCUGCUCAAGAUUAAGCUGGGACACUACGCCAACCAGCUCAAGAGUACGUAUGACCGCUGUCCCCUGGAGCUGGUUCGCUGCAUCAGACAUAUUCUCCACUCAGAGCAGAGACUCGUGCAAGAGGCUACAAAUGCCAGCUGUGGGAGUGGUGGGCAGGCCAUGGACAGCCUGUCUCAGCGCCACCAGCAGAUCAACCAGGCCUUCGAAGAGCUUCGCUUGGCCACACAGGAAACGGAAAACGAACUGCGAAACCUGCAGCACAACCAGGAGUACUUCAUCAUACAAUACCAGGAGAACCUGCGCAUCCAGGCCCAGCUGAGCAGCCUGGCUUCGUUACCCCCUGCAGAGCGAACCCAACGGGAGACCACGCUGCAGAGCAAGAGGGCCACGGUGGAGGCCUGGCUCACCAGAGAAGCCAGCACACUACAGAAAUACAGGCUGGACCUGUCGGAGCAGCACCAGAAGAGCCUGGCCCUGCUGAGGAAGCAGCAGACUCUGAUCCUGGAUGAAGAGCUGAUCCAGUGGAAGAGGAGACAGCAACUGGCCGGCAAUGGGGGGCCGCCUGAGGGGGGCCUGGAUGUCCUCCAGUCCUGGUGUGAGAAACUGGCUGACCUGAUCUGGCAGAAUCGGCAGCAAAUCCGACGAUGUGAACAUCUAACCCAGCAGCUUCCCUUGCCUGGCCCCAUGGAGGAGCUGCUGAGCAAACUAAACGCUGACAUCACAGAUAUCAUCUCCGCCCUGGUUACCAGCACCUUCAUCAUUGAAAAGCAGCCCCCCCAGGUGUUAAAGACCCAGACCAAGUUUGCGGCCACAGUACGUCUCCUGGUGGGCGGAAAGCUCAACGUUCACAUGAACCCACCUCAGGUCAAGGCGGUCAUCGUCAGCGAGCAGCAGGCCAAGGCUCUGCUCAAGAACGAGAGCACACGCAAUGACAGCAGUGGAGAAAUCCUCAACAACAACUGUGUGAUGGAGUAUCACCAGGCCACAGGCACUCUCAGUGCACACUUCAGGAACAUGUCACUGAAGCGGAUCAAGCGGUCGGACCGUCGAGGUGCAGAGUCGGUGACGGAGGAGAAGUUCACAGUUCUGUUUGAGUCACAGUUCAGCGUGGGGGGCAACGAGCUGGUCUUCCACGUCAAAACAUUAUCGCUGCCUGUGGUCGUGAUUGUCCAUGGCAGUCAAGACAACAACGCCACAGCAACGGUCCUGUGGGACAACGCCUUCGCUGAGCCGGGCAGGGUACCUUUCAUUGUGCCAGACAAGGUGCUGUGGCCUCAGCUCUGCGAGGCCCUGGACAUGAAGUACAAGGCAGAGAUGCACAGUGGGCGUGGCCUGUCAGAGGACAACCUGGUCUUCUUGGCACAGAAGGCCUUUUCCAGCAGCAGCAACAACCCUGAAGACUACCGCAACAUGACCAUAUCUUGGGCCCAGUUCAACCGGGAGAGCUUGCCCGGACGCAACUUCACCUUCUGGCAGUGGUUUGAUGGAGUGGUGGAACUCAUGAAGAAACAUCUCAAACCCCACUGGAAUGAUGGGGCUAUCCUGGGCUUUGUCAACAAGCAGCAGGCCCAGGACAUGCUGCUGUCCAAACCCAACGGCACCUUCCUGCUGCGAUUCAGUGACUCUGAGAUUGGAGGCAUCACUAUUGCCUGGGUGGCCGAAAACCCAAACAAAGCAGGCGAGAGGCUUGUCUGGAACCUGUUGCCUUAUACAACCAAGGACUUCUCCAUUCGCUCUCUGGCAGACCGCAUCAGUGACCUGAACCACCUUCUGUUCCUCUAUCCUGACCGGCCUAAAGAUGAGGUCUUCGCCAAAUACUACACCCCACCACUCUCAAAAGCAGUGGAUGGCUACGUAAAACCACAGAUCAGACAAGUUGUUCCAGAAUUCACCACGCCUAACCCUGAACCCACUGGGGGAAAUCCCACAUUCAUGGACCAGGCAGCUUCCCCAUCUGUUGGCAACCCCAACAACUUUGGCAUCUAUCCUGCUAUGAGCGACACCAUGUUGGAUGCUGAUGGAGACUUUGACCUGGAGGACACCAUGGAUGUGGCUCGCCAUGUGGAGGAACUGCUGCGCCGCCCCAUGGCCAAUCAGUGGAGCAGUCAGCAGUCCUGAACCUGGAACCAGGGGCUGCUUAAGACCCUCAGGUCUCCUCCAAAAAGACCACCCACGCCUGUAAUUCCCACUGGCCUGCAGCCAUGGCAAGAACUGUAUCGUCCAUUAGUCACUGUAGCAGAUACAGGUCAGAUUCACCAGCCACUUUCAGUUUUACAAGCCAAUCAGAUUUUUUAGAUUAUAUGGGGACCUUGUGAUGCAUGUUGUCUGCUUGCCAAAGUGUCUGGUAGACAAGUUACACCACUGCGAGCCAACGGUACCAGCAUGUGGUGGUGACUGGUGUUACUGGGCUGCAUGGUGGAGUGUAGCUGGUUUGGGUUAGUGCAUUUUUUUACACACACUGAGACAUACUGCCGGUUUUCAUCAAAGGUUUGCAGUCGUAUGUGUUAGAAGUUAAUAGCUGGCACUGGGAGAAGUCUGCUUGAAACAUACAGUAAUCAAACUAGCUACUGUGUGAAAGACUAACUUCUUUAAGUUUUGUUCCCUCCAUUCAAAUUAGGAAAUUUGAUUAAUGACUGAGAUAUUAACAACUAUGUCUCCAAAUGCGACAGUUAUGUGUCAGUAAAGCAGUUAUGUUUGAUAACUAGUAUCCACAGUGAUAUAUCCAGCAACAUAUUGUUUAAAAAACAAAACAAAACAACUGGUACUGAAAAUGGAAUUAUAAUUUUGUGACUGCUAUAUUUUGGUGUUUUCUGCUUUUUAUGUUUUAUUGCCACUGGUAACAUUAUACUCUGAUGCUAAUACAAUGUCAAACUAGCAUUUAUGUUUGUGUAAUGCUUUGCCUUAUAAUAACACAUUCAGAUGUUCUCAGGUUCUAUUUUGGCAACAUAAAAUUAAUCACAGCAUAUUCAUUUUAACUAAUUGACCAAUCUUUGAUUUAUAAAGUUUAUAAUAGAAAUGUAAGCUAAAUUAUGAUUCCUAUUUUUAUGUUUAGUCUUAAAGGUCCAAUAAGCAAUUCUGUUCUGAAAUGGCAAUUUUAACACUGCGUUUGGAAGUAUAUGCUGACACUUAGUAAAGGGGUGAAAUUUAGCUUCUGUUUUCUCCAUACUGAUGUGCUGAGUCACAUGAUCUAAACAUGGUUGCCUCCAAGCCAGUGUUUGAAAUGUAGUGUGGCAGGGGAAGACUAAUUAAUAUUGAUAAAAGAAGGGCUACCUGAUUCGUUUGUUAGGUUGGUAAAGGCUAGGGUUGGGUUAGGGUUAGUCAACCAGAGGCAGAGUAGGGACGGGUCCUCUCUUACCCCACUGCAAUUUGAAAAUUUGCAUCCUCCAAGAUAAGAAACUGCCUUUUCCCAAGCCUACAAAACAAUUUGAAUAAUCAUCUCAUGUGAGUAUACAUUAUAUAAAACAUUCUUGAGAUAAUAAAUAUUGUUUUUUUUAAUAUAUACAUUAAUUUUAAUUUUGGUAUAAAACCUCAUUGAUUGGUCUUUUAAGUUCUUUAAUCCAAAUGAAAUUGGAAUGCAUAGUUUGGGUUUACCAACCUCAGCUAGACAAGUCUCCACUAAUGCUAAAUGAAUGACUGGCAGGUGUUACAUGUUUUAAAUAUCAAGCAAAAUAAUUUUCAUUUAGCGCAAAAAAAAAACAAACAAAAUGUUUUACACAGUGGUGGGUACCACGAAGGGGCUGAAGGAUGGUGUCAAAUAAAGUUAAUGGCUUUAGGAGCAAGGCUACUUCCCAGUUAACCAUAGACUACCUGGCUAUAUCAGAUUUGUUUUUUGUUUGUUUGUUUUUUUGUUUGUUUGUUUUUUUUAACUUUCUUUGUUUUUUCCAAGAUUAAUAUUUGUGUAAUUCAGUGAUGUUUGUUAUAUUUGUAGAUUGUUUGCCUCUAUGUUUUAGCUAUGUCCAAAAAGUCAUUCAGAAGUAGUAAUUCUUUAUUACUUAUAUUUUGUAAAUGGGACCAUAUUUAGUUAGCAUAGUAGACAUUCUAGCAUGUUGCUUGGAAACUACUCUGUUGAAAAAGGGAAAAUAAUUGCUGAGGUGUACAAGUGCAAUAUAGUUGUGUUUCCUGAAACCAAGACAAAUAAUCAUGUUCACAAUUUUAGGCAAAAUAACCUUGAUUAUCAUUUUGUUGUUACUACCCCCUGCUAUUUCUCUAGCCAAGUAAAAGUACUUUGUGCAUCUAGUCAGAUAGUCAAACAUUACUUUUGUUGAAAUUCUGAGUCAAAAUGUGUGUAUAUUAUAUAAGGUGUGCGCUCACUUCACCGUAUACUUUAUACAACAGAAGGAUGCCCACUGGUCAUGGGAUUUCUAGAGUACCAUUGGAUUGACAAGGAAAGUUAAGGAUUUUUUGUAACUGUUACUUUGCAGAGUUACUUUGCAGAAGAUUACCAGAAUAUAUUUAACAACUUCUUUAACACAUUGCAUUUGACAGAAAUUAACGCCAUCAAAACAUUUGGAAUCUUGUGAUCUCAGGUGAAUAAACAAAAAAUUUUGAAUCAUGUCAUACCCUUGUGGCGCCACUCUCCUAAACUAUCCAUUCCAGGUUCAACCAGUUCACUACUGCCAGGCCAAGGAAACAUUUUGAUACUGGAUAGCAAAAAAAAAAAAAAAAAAAAAAAAAACGGCCAGAAAUUAGAUAUGACUUGUGCAUCUUUAUCACAUCAUUUAUGUACCCACUGUGGAGAUUCACAAUGAAAAAUAUCCAGAAUUUGUAGUGCCUAUAAAUCUCUUGUGGCAUGGCAAUUAUUCACCUAGUUUUGUGCAGUCAAUGUUUAAAAAAAAAAAAAAGGUCAAGAAAGCAGAGCCUUGGCUCUCCAAUGGUUUCUUUCCAUACAACUGCAGGACACUGCAUGUAAACAUUUCAUCAAUAAGUGUAAUUCCCCCCCCCAAAAAAAAAACAUCCAUUCUGCUGAAAUGACAUUUUGUUUACGGUUGUAAUCCAACUCAAAAUGUCCUCAGCUACAU